AUGAAGCUGUUCAGCAUUCUCCUGGGUGUAAGUGCGCUUGCUGCCAGAGUUCACUGUGGCGGCAACGCCACGUCGUAUUAUCCCACGACGCUCGGCUCCCUCAACCUUCUCGAGGCAUCUGCCAAAGAUGUUUCCGACGCGUUGGCAUCGGGCAACGUCACGUCCGGCGCGCUCGUCAAGGCAUACCUGGCGCGCAUCGAAGCCCACAACCACAAAGGGCUGCGCUUGAACGCCAUCAUCGAGUCCGCUCCGUUCGAGAACGUCUAUGCUAUCGCUACAGCUCUCGACGCGGAAAGGGCUGCCGGCAUCGUCAGGAGCCCGCUGCACGGCGUUCCGAUCAUCGUCAAGGACAACUACGACACAGACGUGGAGCUGGGGAUGAACACCACUGCGGGAUCCUUCAUCUUGUAUCAUGCUGCCGGCGACGUGGUGGGCGACGCUUUCGUUGUCAAGAGGCUCCGUGAUGCUGGAGCCAUCAUCCUCGCCAAAAGCAGUCUCAUGGUGUGGUCUGGCAUAUCCGGAGUGGAUGCGUCCGCUUGGAGCCCGAGAGGGGGUCAGGUCUCGUCGCCCUACGUGCGAGGUGGUUUCGCCGCCGGAGGGGAUCCGGGGGGCAGCUCUUCCGGCUCCGGGGCCGGGGUCUCGGCCGGCUUUGCCCCGCUUGCCCUGGGCUCGGAUACCGAAGGAAGCAUCGUCGGGCCGUCCGGCAGAGGCGCCCUCUUCGGGCUUCGGCCGUCCACCGGCAUGACGAGUCGGACCGGCGUUGUCCCAAUCUCGUCGUCCGUGGAUACCACGGGGCCAAUGGGCAAGAGUGCGUGGGAUGUUGCCGUGAGCCUCGACAUCAUGGCCGCUUUCGACCGUGACGACCCGUACACCGGGCCCGCCCAGGAGUCUCGCCCGGAGAACUACACGCAGUUCCUCCUACCGGAUGGCUUCUCGGGGCUGCGUGUCGGCGUUAUCCGGGACCCGUUCUUCCGGAACGAAACCACGAGAGAGAUUGCGAUUGUCGAGGCGUUUGACAAAGCACUGACGCGGUUCUCCUCCCUCGGAGCGACCGUCUUGGAGACGCCACUGCCACACCCUGAGCAGUGGAACUACACAUUCGUCGGCGCCGCUCAGCGAGCCAAUAACGGAACCAUCUUGAUACAGUACGACGUAAAGGCGGACCUCGCGGCUUACCUCCGAACGCGUCGUCGAAACUCGACAAUCGAGAGCCUAGAGGACAUCAUCAACACAGGCGCCCGCUACUUCGCGGAGGAGCACCCGGAAGACAAGUGCUGCUUCCCCACGUUUGUGGCGGCUGAUCAGGUCGGCGAUAGGGGGACCUCUGGGGAAUACUGGCUGGCCAAGCAGACGCAGGAGCGCCUGCACGAGGAGGGCCCGGCCGUCCUGUUUGCAAAGCACAACCUUGACGUGAUUGCGAUCCCGACCGACUUCGACGCCUCGCGUAUGGGGGCCGUCGGCCGUCUGCCCGUCGGAACGGCACCUCUCGGAUACGACGACAUUGGACUCCCCUUCGGGAUCGCCUUCAUCGGGAAGAGAUACGACGAGGGGUCUGUAAUCCGGGCAAUGUCUGCCUACGAGGCUCACUUCCCUCCCCGCCAAGUUCCGUCCCUGUUGAAGUAG